AAAAAAAAAAGGAAGUCAUAUCAUGAAUAAAAAUCGGAGCGCAACAGUGCAACCAAAAUAUUCUGUACUUGAAGGCAAUUGCAGACAGAUGUUGACAAAGAGGUGUCUCUUGAAACCACAUUCGAGCUUUUCUGUGUUAACUGCAUAUAUAAAUACGAGCAGAAGGCCGGUCACCUCUGUCAGCAGCAGCAGAAGCAGCAUCUUCAGACGCAGCCUGAUACCUCGGAGCAGAGAAGGCUGACUUAAGGCCACUCUGCUCCCCCUCCCUUUGGCUGCUCGCCUACUCUGUCUUCUACAUCUCUCCUCGCCCACCUUCUUCAGUGUCAAGCUCCCUUCUAGUUCUGUGCGUCUACAAAGUUUUGAGCGGAAUUUUAGCCUCGGCAAACAAGUCCCCCCAGCUGCUCCAGCUAAUUCCCGUGGCUUCUCUCCAGACACCAGCGCCAGACAGUGAGUGAUGCCUCUUGGGUUGUGAUUCUGGCCCGGAAACUCCAAGGAGCCCUUUGCCCUCCGUCCUACUUGGCAACCAACCCUCGCCUAGCUGCGAAUGACCAUGUGUAGCGGAGCAAGGCUGGCCUUGCUGGUCUACGGGAUAAUAAUGCAUAACAGCGUCUCCUGCUCACCUGCCGCCGCCGGACUCCGUUUCCCUGGGAUCAGACCAGAAGAUGAGACGUACGACCAGGACGGAAACCCUCUGCAAGACUUCUACGACUGGGACCCUCCGGGCGUAGGGAGCCCCGCCUCCGCGCUGCGUGACGCCUACGCCCUCUACUAUCCAGCGGAAAGGAGGUACAGAUCGCCCGGCACCCGCCUAAAGUUUGGGCCUGGAGUGGAGGGAGGGACCCGAGAUGUCGCCCAUGAGGUCCUUAACGAAGCCUAUCGCAAAGUCUUGGACCAGCUGUCCACCAGGAAGUACCUGCAGUCGGUCGUGGCCAGGGGCCUGGGCGAGAACACAGGCGCGGGCGCAGCAGAUGACCGAGCUCCUCUUACCAAACGCCACUCGGAUGGCAUCUUCACCGAUAGCUACAGCCGCUACAGAAAACAAAUGGCUGUCAAGAAAUACUUGGCGGCCGUGUUAGGGAAAAGGUAUAAACAGAGGGUUAAAAACAAAGGACGCCGAAUAGCGUACUUGUAGCGACGAGUUGCCAGCUACGGUGUGUAUAAAAUGAAAAGUCGUUUUCCAAAUUGACUGACCAGUCAUCGCUCAUGUGUUCUUUCCAAACAUGUAUUUAUGUAUGAAGUAAAGCCAUUAAAUAACUA